GAGUUAUAUCAAGAAAUUCAGUUCAGAGAGGAGAGAGGAGAGGGAGAAGGAGAGAGGGGCAGAGGAGAAGGGAGAGAGGGAGAGCAUGCAAGACAGGAAGGAGCGCCUUAGAGUCUCUGAAGCACGAAAGAGAUAACCGAUUAGGAAUUUUUCGGGCAACUGUCAUCCCGGAGAGCAGCCAGAGAAUCACCAUCACCCCAACUCUGACGUUUCCUACCAGAAGUUAGACUUAAGCAGUAUUGACAUCGGAGGGAAAUGGUAUGCCUGAUGCUGUGGAAAAUACCCCUGAGCUGAAGAAGUGCAACUGGAUGUUGUGUGUGUGUUAAAUACCAGAAGAGCCCAGACCCCGUGGUAAUAGAGACGAAAAUGUGAAGAGAAUGACUAACGACAAAUCUGUGAAUUUGUUCUCUGGAGUUGCUAAUUUGCCAGCCCGAAGCAACACAAUUCACAAGGAGGAAACGUUUUGCUGCUUCUGAUUUCUCCCCAAACUGGUGCUACCAGAUGCAUGGCUUUCUAUGUUGGAACAAAUCAUUCCUAACUGCAGCAUACCGGGAAAGGGGAAAGGUUGAGGCAACUAACUGGCUGUCUCCAAAUAAGCGAUGAGAUGUAAUGCAUCCUCCAGUCCAUGCACGCUUCCUCUUGCAAUUCGUGCAUCAUUCCUCAGUGGAAACCUUUAAACCCUAAAAUCCAGGAAAAGAAAAUAAAUACAUUAUCAUGGACCUGAGGGAUUUUUACCUGUUGGCUGCUCUGAUUGCCUGUUUAAGGCUGGAUUCCGCAAUAGCUCAAGAACUUAUUUACACUAUUAGAGAGGAAUUGCCUGAAAAUGUGCCCAUAGGAAACAUACCAAAGGAUCUGAACAUUUCUCACAUCAAUGCUGCCACAGGGACCAGUGCCAGCCUUGUCUAUAGACUGGUUUCUAAAGCUGGGGAUGCCCCUUUGGUGAAAGUAUCCAGUAGCACUGGGGAAAUUUUCACAACCUCCAAUAGAAUAGACAGAGAAAAACUCUGUGCUGGAGCCUCUUAUGCUGAGGAGAAUGAGUGUUUCUUUGAACUUGAGGUAGUGAUCCUCCCCAAUGAUUUUUUCAGGCUGAUCAAAAUAAAAAUAAUUGUCAAGGAUACCAAUGAUAAUGCCCCCAUGUUUCCAUCCCCUGUCAUCAAUAUUUCCAUUCCAGAAAACACUUUGAUCAACAGCCGCUUUCCAAUUCCAUCAGCAACAGAUCCUGACACAGGCUUCAAUGGUGUACAGCAUUAUGAAUUGUUAAAUGGGCAGAGUGUUUUUGGACUGGAUAUCGUGGAAACUCCGGAGGGAGAGAAGUGGCCGCAAUUGAUUGUUCAGCAAAACUUGGACAGAGAACAGAAAGAUACCUAUGUGAUGAAAAUCAAAGUAGAGGAUGGAGGCACUCCACAGAAAUCCAGCACGGCCAUACUGCAGGUCACAGUAAGUGAUGUAAAUGACAACAGGCCAGUGUUUAAAGAGGGUCAAGUGGAGGUGCAUAUUCCAGAGAAUGCUCCUGUGGGCACCUCUGUAAUUCAGCUCCAUGCCACUGAUGCAGAUAUAGGCAGUAAUGCUGAAAUCCGGUACAUUUUUGGUGCCCAGGUCGCCCCUGCAACCAAAAGGCUCUUUGCUUUAAAUAAUACUACUGGGCUGAUUACAGUUCAGAGGUCCCUAGAUCGAGAGGAGACAGCCAUUCACAAAGUGACAGUGCUGGCUAGUGAUGGCAGCUCCACUCCUGCUCGAGCAACGGUUACCAUCAAUGUCACUGAUGUAAAUGAUAACCCUCCUAACAUAGACCUCAGGUACAUUAUAAGUCCCAUCAAUGGCACAGUGUAUUUAUCUGAGAAAGAUCCUGUCAAUACAAAGAUUGCCCUAAUUACAGUUUCAGAUAAGGACACAGAUGUGAAUGGCAAAGUGAUCUGUUUUAUUGAAAGAGAGGUCCCAUUUCAUUUGAAGGCAGUAUACGAUAACCAAUAUUUGUUAGAGACCUCCUCUUUGUUGGACUAUGAGGGCACCAAAGAAUUCAGCUUUAAAAUUGUUGCCUCUGAUUCUGGGAAACCCAGUUUAAAUCAGACUGCCCUGGUAAGGGUUAAGCUUGAGGACGAAAAUGACAACCCACCAAUUUUCAACCAGCCUGUAAUUGAGCUGUCAGUUUCUGAAAACAACCGACGUGGGUUAUACUUAACAACUAUUAGUGCCACAGAUGAAGACAGUGGGAAAAAUGCGGACAUUGUUUAUCAGCUUGGACCGAAUGCCUCCUUCUUUGAUUUGGACCGAAAGACAGGAGUUUUGACAGCCUCCAGAGUCUUUGACAGAGAAGAACAGGAGCGGUUCAUUUUUACAGUAACUGCCAGGGACAAUGGAACCCCUCCCCUCCAAAGCCAAGCGGCCGUGAUAGUUACUGUUCUGGAUGAGAAUGACAAUAGCCCCAAGUUUACUCAUAAUCAUUUUCAAUUUUUUGUGUCUGAGAAUCUGCCAAAGUAUAGUACUGUGGGGGUAAUCACAGUGACAGAUGCAGAUGCUGGAGAGAAUAAAGCUGUGACUCUCUCCAUUCUAAAUGACAAUGAUAAUUUUGUGCUGGAUCCCUAUUCUGGAGUCAUAAAGUCAAAUGUCUCAUUUGAUAGAGAGCAGCAGAGUUCCUACACUUUUGAUGUCAAAGCCACUGAUGGAGGACAACCACCUCGUUCCUCCACUGCAAAAGUAACUAUCAAUGUCAUGGAUGUCAAUGACAAUAGCCCAGUUGUCAUUUCUCCACCUUCCAACACUUCUUUUAAGUUGGUACCCCUCUCAGCCAUUCCUGGCUCUGUGGUAGCAGAAGUUUUUGCAGUGGAUAUCGACACUGGGAUGAACGCCGAACUGAAGUAUACAAUUGUGAGUGGGAACAAUAAAGGCUUGUUUCGGAUCGAUCCAGUAACAGGUAACAUCACUCUGGAAGAGAAGCCAGCACCUACUGAUGUGGGCUUGCACCGUUUGGUGGUCAAUAUAAGUGACCUGGGAUACCCUAAGUCUUUGCACACACUCGUGCUUGUUUUUCUUUACGUUAAUGACACCGCUGGGAAUGCCUCCUAUAUCUAUGACUUGAUUCGCAGGACUAUGGAGACCCCACUGGAUAGGAACAUAGGGGACAGUAGCCAACCCUAUCAAAAUGAGGACUAUCUCACCAUCAUGAUUGCCAUCGUCGCAGGGGCCAUGGUGGUCAUAGUGGUGAUCUUCGUCACCGUCCUGGUGCGAUGUCGCCAUGCAUCGAGGUUCAAAGCAGCUCAGAGGAGCAAGCAAGGCGCUGAGUGGAUGUCCCCAAACCAGGAGAACAAACAAAACAAGAAAAAGAAAAGGAAGAAAAGAAAGUCUCCCAAGAGCUCUCUUUUGAACUUUGUUACAAUUGAAGAGUCCAAACCUGACGAUGCAGUUCACGAACCUAUCAAUGGGACAAUAAGCCUGCCCGCUGAGCUGGAGGAGCAAAGUAUAGGAAGAUUUGACUGGGGCCCAGCCCCUCCAACAACCUUCAAGCCUAACAGCCCCGACCUGGCCAAGCACUACAAAUCUGCUUCUCCACAGCCUGCUUUUCAUCUUAAACCAGACACUCCGGUUUCCGUGAAAAAGCAUCAUGUGAUUCAGGAACUCCCUUUGGACAACACCUUUGUCGGGGGUUGUGACACCCUCUCCAAACGCUCUUCCACUAGUUCAGAUCACUUCAGUGCCUCAGAGUGCAGUUCCCAAGGAGGCUUCAAGACAAAGGGCCCCUUACACACCAGACAGGAACUCCACCCGUCUGGGGAUUUUCACCUUAUACAUCACUCCUAUUACAAAACAACAUAUAAGAGAGAGAAUCUGUUUCACAGUCAGUACUUAACACAGCUGGAGCCAUUUGAAACCUGCUGGGUUUUGCUUCCAAUUAUUCCAUAGACUAGAAAGCAUCUCCGUUGAAGUAGUGACAUCCAUGGUGUAAUCAAACUAGUUAAAAUGCCUUGGAGUAUAUGGAUCAUAUUUCUGGGAUUCAUCAAAUGUAAGCCAGAAGCAUAAUAACCAAUAGUUUUUUUUUCUUUCUCAUGUUAAAAUACCAUAUUCACUUAUAAGUGAGUUUUUAAUGUUUGAAUAUGCAAGUUUAUAACAUUUGAGUGUAUGGGUGACAUAAUAACAUAAAUGAGACCCAACAAAUAAAAAUAUGACACAAUAUGAUAGUAUCUGAAAAAAUACCUUUUCUUAAUAUACCAGAGGUCAAAAUCAUUGCCUUAUGGUAGCUUAGCUGAAAUCAUCAAGACAAAGUUAUUGAUUUGGAUUUGGAGCAUAAUGUAGUGGGGAUUUGUUACUAAUUCAAUUAACUUGAUCAACUAAAUAAGUAGAUAUAGCCGAUUUUUAGUUGGCCUCAAUGUAACUAGGAUUGUAGAAAUUAAAUUUUUAACCUCUUACUGACCUUUACUACUUUCUCAGUGUGAUAAAAUUAUUUUUGUAUUGGCCUUUUAGUUUAGUUCUAAUUUUAUAUAGAGACAGUAGCUAAGUAAGAAAAAAGGACUUUAGAACAAGAACAAUAUGAAAACUUAUUCCUUGUGCUUGGAAAAAUUGAAUCAAACAUAUAACAUGACACACUGGUGUGAUUUCCUUUAGACUACUGCUUGUUUUAUACUAAGAUGUAAUAUACUAAGAUAGUGAACAGAGCGGGGAUAUAGUAUGAAUAUUACCUUAAGUAUCAAACGUCAUGGAGUUGUAAGGAUUAUAGCACGGCAUUAUAGAUGUUCAGUAAUUUUUACUUAAUGUCACCAUAAGGACAAACAUGGAGAUAAUCAGGUAAAAUGAAGGUAAAUGGCAAGAAUCAGGCUUCAAGGAUUUAGAUUCAUUGCUUUUGUUAAAAAAAAAAAUUUAGUUUUCUCAUGGCAUCAAGCACAUAUAAAUGUGUACUAAACAUGGCUAAAUGUAAGUUAAGAUGGCCACCAUUAUGUGUUGUCCAUCUCAGUGGUAAACCUUUAUUAACUCUUAGAAUAGAGAGGUGAUUGUACACCCCUGGAAGUAUAUAUGAGUUUCAGUUCAGAUAAUGACCAAACACUUAUUCUAUGAAGAAAAUUAUAUUUCUUGUACUGCAAUUCUCACAUCUCUCCUUAUGUAAACAGGGUCCACUUGAUUUUCUCAUCUAGCAAUGUGAAGGAUUUUUUCUGCCUGGAACCCCUACUUGGGUAUAAGCCUGACAACCAGACAAUAUCCAGCCUUAUCACUGGACUAUUAAACCAUAUUAUAUUUUCCUUAAGGGAUACUAAAAUGUAUUCCAGAAUUAAUAUCCUAUAGUUUUAAAUGUAUGCUUUUUUAAGAAUAUUUUUUAUCUUAAAAAUACAUAACUAUGAUUUUUCUUGCCAAAGACCUCUACUGAUAUAUACAAAAAUUAAUCUAUAUUUUUUUGUUAAUUCUUUUAUUCAACAGACAUCUAUUGUGUAACUUCAGUGGUCCUGAAACAGUAUUUGACAGUGGGAAGUUUUAAGAAAAUAAGAUAUUUUAUUUGCCUUAAAAGAUUCCAGUGGGUUUUAAACACAAUACUUUUUUUCUUGGAAUUCCCUUACUUAAAAUAUGAGUUCUCUCUGUUUUAAAUUGAUGUCAUCAUUUCCCUGAAAUAUAUUUUUUAAAGCCUUUUUUUUUUAAAUUAGUGCUGGAGACUUGAUCUUUCAGUAGGGUAAUAAAAUUCUAAGAUCUAUUACUUCAAUUAUAAGAAUGCCACAUUUAAAUUUAUCCUUUGGUUAAUUUAGAGGGAAAUACACUUUUUCAUCCUUAAAAUCACACUUCUUCCACAGGCAAAGGUGUUAAUAAAAUAUAGUUGCAAGAAAACUUCAUUUCUGUAACUCUGAGAUUAGCAUAUUUGCCAUAUUAAAAAUCACUUUAAAAACAUGGCAUACAUUGAUAAUGUUGAGUAAUAACCUAAGUUGAAGAAGACAGUGUUCUCUACAGAUGGAGAUCCACUUACACAGGGAUCCAUUUAGAAAAGGGUAUUUUGAAUCAUGAUAUUCUGCAAAGCAGUGUUUCAACCUUCACCCUUUGAAAAGACAUAAGCAUAAGUGGAACAGAGAUGUUAAACUCUGGCCAGAGUAAAUGUUUGGUUUAAUUGGUUUUUACCUCCAGAUGGUUAUGAUUUGGGCAAGUCCAUUUUCUUUAUGAAUAUUUAUCACAAUAUUUCAAGGAAUCGAUGCAAUAAAAUACUAAAAACUAGAGACCUUUAUUAUAUAUAUAUACAUACAUAUAUACAUAUAUAUACACAUAUAUAUGUAUAUAUAUAUAUGUGUGUAUAUAUAUAUUAUUUCUUAAAUUGAGAAACAUUCAUAUCCUAAAAAUUUGGUUUCCUUUAAUCACAGAGGAAAAUGUCAUAAUUGAGCUUUACAUUUCAGGCAAGACAGACUAUGUUAUUUUUAACUGUAAUCAUUUCUCAAACUAAUUUACAUAUGGAUGAUGUUUCUAUGAGCAGGUCAUUUUGAAAUUUUAACAUAGCAUUUAAAUGCUAUGGUGGUUUUUUGAAAAAUAAUGCACUUAAUGCCUCACCUGCACUUUUUUGUGCAGACAUUUUUUAAGAUAAAUUUUUACUUCCAGCAAAUGUACUAUUUUAAUUGCAGUUAGGCUUCAGUGAUAACCAUCAAGCUGGUGCCUAACUCCAGAAAGAUCUUUCCAACUGUUCUGUGGAUACUUAGGCAACUAUCUCUAAGUAAUUAUGAUAAUGUAAAUGAGCUACAAAGUUGAAACCUGGUAAAAUAUGAUAUACCUUAGAAAUAAAAUGUGUAAUGGCACUUAAAUAUACUGAUUAAAAUAUUAGCAAUUUGGGGGGAAAUAAUAAAUGUAUUGCUAUGACCCACCAUAUAACUAAUGUAGUCCAUUUUCAGUGUGAAAAUAUGGACAGUUAGGUAAGCUAAUUUCAAACCAAGAAACAGGAUAGAUUAAGCUUAGGAUAACAGAUACAUUUAAACAAAGGUUGGUGUGGAAAUCACAUGAGUGUUACUCUGUUGGCAGUAAAUAAUUUCCACACACAAUUAGAAAUGUGUCAGUCUCAUCAUUACAGUGAUUGUUGACUUGGUGUUUUUACCCAGUUUUAAUUUCUUAUUAUGAUUUUUGGAAAUGACUAUGCAUUGCUUUACCAAAGAAAAUGAACCAGUAGGGGUUAUUAAAAUAAAUAGAUUUUCCAAUUUUCAAAACUUUGGUAUUUCUUAGUAAUUUUUGGCAAUAGUCCUAUCUAUCCAAAACCGCUUAUACUUGGCUGAAGUUUCACUUAGCAUCUUAAGAAUUAGAUUUUCUCAUCUGAAAAUUAGAUCAUUGGAUUCAGCCUUUUUUUUUUUCAUUUUUAUUAAAAAUUGAACUAUGUCUUUAAUUAAUAACUUAGUCAUCCUUUUUGGCAGACUUACUCAUACUACCCAACAUCUGUCUGGCCUAUUUCUUUUUAUCAUUUGAUACAUGUUCAAACAGUGCAAAUCAAUGUUGACAUUGACUCAUGAAAAACAAUUACAAAAUAAACCCUGUGGUUCAGUCUCUCCUGACAAUGAACAAUUUGCAAUAUCCCCAUUGUAUGAUCUGUUGUCACUCUCUUGCCUUAGUGUUGAUAACAGAGCACUGCCUUUAUCUUCUUUGUCUCUGCCUGAUUAAUUUUUCCCUUCUGAACUAGAAAAUUAACUUUUUCCUCCUAAAUAAAAAAAAAUCACAAAACAGAAGUACUCUAAAAUCUGAAGCAGGUUAUUGGUGUUUAUAAUUUGAUUAGAAAAUUAUCCACUUGAAAUAGUAUGUAGCUACCCUAUUUUUGUCAGUAAUAUUACCUGAUUGUUUUUUUUUUUUUUUCUGUAGUAAAGCAGGAAGAUGAAUUUAGUACUUUAACUUUUGUGAAUAUUGGAGACACAUAGUUUUGGGAUAAUGUGUAAAUAUAAUUUUUGAAAAGUCAAACUGGUCAUUUGGAUUGCUGGUGUUUAUUAUCAGGAUGUGUCUUAGAAAAGCUAAUUAAUGCUUGUUGUUUUCAUUGGCAGCCUGUUCAUUCAAAGACAAAAUAGAGUUAAACUGAAGAAAUAAUGUAAAUAAUCAGAACUGUCAAUCUGCUGAAGGAAAAUCAAGUUUGGGAUUAAAAGGACUGAAUUGCAAAUUAGCUGAAAUAGCCCCCAGAUAUGCCACCUGAAUGUCAAACAGCAAGUGCUAUUUGCUUACAGGUACAUAAAUUGGAGCUAUGUUUUGCCACAACAGAGCAGCCUACCGUAUUCUCUCCAGAACAAUGCAGAAACAGGGCCUUUCAGGAUGGUUCUGAAACCUGGACAGUAGCCCAGGAGUGCUUAUUUUUACAUCUACUACCUCAGUGAUUUCUGAACCAUUUGCUUACAUUUAUCAUGACUUACGGCACUGGGCUCUGUCAUCUUAUGAAAACUUCAGGAAAGAGCAAUUCUAUCAGGAUUUUGGUGGAGGUACUACCAAAAACAAACAAACAAACAAUUUUACACCGUAGGUGGAUGGGUUUAGGAGUUGACAAAGAAGGAGGAAGUACAGUUCUAGGAAUGCCACAUAUUGGCCACAAGACACGUUUGUUUUUGUUUUUCGUAUUAAGCAACUUUAUCCCACUGCUCACAUCUUGAAUGUGCAGCAAGAGAGAUAGAUGCCUUUCUUAACCAUAUGGCUAUAUGGACCUGUUAUUUUAAAAAUAUUCCUUCCAUGGAUAUAAGGUCAUUUGGAAGUUAUUUAAAAUAAAACCCCCAAGCUAUUUAAUGUUACUAAUGCAGGCAGCAACAAAUUAUAAAGAAUCUAAAAGUAAUAUAAAACAAAACAAAAAACUGCAUAGAUUAGUGUCAAAUGAGUACUCUAUGAUUUUUGCCUAAGAGCGUCUUAGCUAUUUCGAGCAGUAAUUGAUGGAAUGAGAUGUAAACAGUCACUGGCAAGGUGAGAAGCUGGACAGGCUAAGUCUUAAAAUCCUGUGAGUUUAGGGAGCGUUGUCAGUGUGAGCCAUUCUGUGGACAAUACAGUGAAUCACAGCUAUAUGAUUAAUCAGAUCAGUCCUCUAUUCUAAAGUACAAAGAGAAUGAUGUGUUGGCAUCUGAUUUGGAAUUGAAUGCUUGUAUAUUAAUGAAUUUGUGUAGACUGUGCCCUCCAAUGUUUUGCCUGGAAAAGAAAUUCAUUAGGAAUUUGGACAAAAGCAACAUGAGAUAACCAUAAUAGAGCUGGAGUAACCUGUAUCGAGGAAAAGCUAACAUUAAGAAGAAGAAUAAACUCCUUAAUCCUAAUAGUAUGUUAUUGAGGUUGAAACUAAUUAUUGAGUACUUUAACAUGACUAGUUAUUGCUUUAUUACUAAAAAAAUAUAAACAUGCUUUAAGCGUAUAUUAAAGUAACUGGUCAAAAUAAACCACAGUAAUUUCAGUGAAAUAGCAAACAGUUUCACAGGAGAAAUGGGGGGCAUUUUGGGCUCUGAAAGAGAUCACAAUAUUCACUUUGGCACCAUUAUCCCUUUGCUUCUAAAACGUAGUUUACAGUGCUUUGAAACUAGAUUUCCAACACCAAUGAUAAUAGCCAACAUUUACUUGAGAAUUCACUGUGUGCCUGGCAUUCUUCUCAACACUUUACAUGUAUUAACUACUUAAAUAGGAACAGUGACCUUGUGAGUCAGGUACUAUUAUUAAUAUCUCUUUUAUAGCUGAGAUGAAGUUAAAUGAUUUGCUUAAGGUCACAGUUCCUGUAAGUGAAGAGUAGUCCAGGACUUGAACCCUCCCAGUGUUCUACCAGAGGCUUUGCUCGUAGUUGCUAGGCAAUACUGCCUCUUGAUUGCACUUUAAGUUAAAAAGAUGAAAUUGUGGUGCAUCACCAAGAGUCAGUUGUGCCAAAAAUAAAUUCUUUGUGUGAAGGCAAAAAAGGAUAAAGUCUACUGUGUUUUGUUUUUAAUUCCUUUCACAUACGCAUUUUGCCGUUGAGCACAUGGCACGGUGAUGCAACUGUACCCGGGGCUUGUGCACUUCUUUCCAGGUUGCAGUGAACCUUCACAGGCAGUAGGUAGGAAGAGUAGGAAGAGCAUUUGUAUCUUUUAGGCAGUAGGAUUCUGAAUGCUUUUCACAAACAGUGGAUUUUAGCAAUGAAUUUAAAACAUUCUGCUAAGCUCAAAAUAGAACAAGAGUUUUUUGAUUAUCCUCUUUUUAAACUACUCAUAUCUGAUAAGAAGGCAUGGAGAAGAGGGGGAGGUCAAACCAUAAUGAUAACAAAAAGAUCUUUCUUUUCCCCGUAGACUAGAAUGAUGCUUUAUGACUUAAACAAAAAAUUUUAUUCCAGCCCCUGUUUCUGCAUGGGUCAGAAAUAUCAACCACCGUCCACCUCUGCACAAAGGAGCCAGCUAACAUCAGCACGGGCCUUCUCCCAACCUAUUUCUAAUGUACUGAGGGAACACCUCCUCGAGUCUAUUUAGAAACAUGCAUAUAAGUUAUUGUUUAUUCAAUUUUAACCAUUUUCUUGCUUAGGUUUUUCAGAUUUAUCACCCACAACCCCCAAAAUUAUCCAUUAAUUUUAUAUAGUUUGAUAAAUAUACCAUAUUUCAUUACUGGCUUAAUACCUCCUUGCUUACAACUCUAACAAUAGAUGGUAAAAACUUGUCAACCUCCUAUUGGACUUUUAAGAUCCCUCUGAAGUCUGAGAACUGGGGAGAAUGAUUUCAGCCCUAUAGCCAAAUAGAAUUUCUUUAUCAUUGAUUCUUAUAAAGGAUGCAUUAUGAUAAAACUUCUAAGGAAGUUGCAGUUCUGAGGUACAUUUGAAGGUUAAAAUGAAAUAUUGAGGUGUUAGGCAUACACAGCUUCCCUUAUUCCAUUUGGCAAAAGAAAUCGAUUCUGGGUGCAACAUGCUAAACUUUCUGUCCAUUGUGUCCAGUGCAUGUGGAUCAUUGAGUAGCUUUCAUGAAGGCUAUUUUUAUUUAGAACAUAAAUACUGUCACAUUCCCAAAGAAUACAAAAAUUAGCUCUUUGAAAAAGUUUGGUAUGAGACAAGCAGAUUGACUUAUCCUUUUAAAACCCUAUAGUUUUGAAACUUGCAUCACUUACAUUAUGAUUUUGUGGCCUCAGUUAUUAUUUAAGGUUCAGUAUGAUUUGGGGGCAGCAGGUUUUUCUUGAUGACCCUUACUAAUAAGCUUUAAUUGGCAGAAAAUUUUCAAUUACUCUAAUUAAAGAGCAGAAUUGAACAUGUUGACCAAAGAUUCCAUGUUGCUAAUUAGAAAACAAGAAGCUGGUAAGGGCAUACUUUCGGAUCAACCAUUGGUGUAAGAAACUUAAGUUUAUCUACUAAUUUGUCAGUGAACUAGAGUGGCAAGAUUUCUUUAAAUUAUUAAGGUGAGAUAUUGGGAAAACAUAAUUCUCAGAUGUGAACUCAAAGGCAUACAGGCAGGUUACUUUGAACUCAAUAACAUGUAAGGAUAGAAAUCAAUUUGUGGUAGGGCUGUGAGGAAUGAUUUUUGUAUGUCUGUUUAAAGAGUCAUUUUUAGAGAAGUGAUCUUUUUUUUAAAUUACAGUUUUUUGAUGUAACUCAUGUUCAAUGAGACCAAACAUAAAAGCAAACACUUUUAGUCAUCUCUAUUUAUCAGGUUUAGGUAGAAGACUGCCAGACUGUUUUGGUUUUACAAUAGGUUACAGUCUUAUGAUAAAGUUCCAAGAUGGGGUUUGGAAACUAUAAUCCUGGCGUGCAGACAUGAAUAUAGUGGUUUAACAUAAUGUGUUGCUUUAGCUUUCUAGAAGACUUAAAAUAUGGCUGGAGUUCUUCUGUAUUUAGAAACUAAACAGACAAGGCCUUGUGAGAAACUAAAUUAAUUUUGCAUUGACAUUCUCGGUGUUGGUGAUAAUUUGUAGUAACAUUAUGCCUAUUGGUCAUGAUUGUGAAUCAGAAGCUCCAUCCAAAUGGACAUUACAAGAGCCAAAUUUAAUAGUCUUACUAUCGGAAAUUUCUGCCUUAAGGAGAGCAGAGGCUCUCCAGCAUGUACUUUGUUUUCUGCCUCCAUAAUUAUGUAUUAAUAUACAUCAACUCUUGGAAGUUGAGGAAGGACAUGAGAGGAAUAAUGGAACUGGACAACAUUAUAGUAGUGGAGUAAAAGUUCUGUAGUGGUUUUUCUGCAGGGAGGUAGUAGAAAAGGCACGGGGACACCAAUUCCUAGCCUUUGCACAUUCAGAAUUUCAAGAAAACGAAUAAAAAGAAAAGUGGAAAACAGUUAUGUAACUUAAGCUGAUGCGUUUUUGCUCAUCAAAUAAUUUUUCACAAGUAUCAAGAAUUGAUUCAACAAAGAGGCCUGAUAGUCUAUGUAUUGUAUGCUUUUGUCCUUUUGAUUACAACCACUUUUAUCUCUUAAAAAUAUUCACUGGAAAGGUAUGCUUAGCCUGACCGUAAUAAGAAAACUAGAUACAAUGAUUGAACGCAUCUAUAUAACCAUAUACAUAUUGCUGUAUGAAUUGUCUGAAGUGAAAAGAUUUUUCCAUACCUUACCAAAAGUUUUAAUAAAAAUAUUUUAACUAUAAUCUAUUGAAGGCUCCCUUUAGCUCUUUUUUCAGCUACAAACUUAUCUAUGAUAGUGGUAGAAUUAUGGCAAUAUACUGUUGACCCUUGAACAACAUGGGUUUGAACUGGCUCAGAUCCACUUACAUGUGGAUUUUUUUUUUUUACCAGAUACAGUACAGUAAACUUCUUUCCUCUUAUUUUCUUAACAGUUUCUUUUCUGUAGCCCUUAUUGUAAUAAUAUGGUAUAUAAUACAUAGACAACAUAUGUGUUAAUCAACUGUUUACAUUUUCAGUAGGGCUUCCAGGAAACAGUAGGCUAUUAAGAUUUGGGGGAGUCAAAAGUUAUGCACAGAUUUUUGACCGUGUCCCUAACCACCGUGUUGUUCAAGCAUUAAAUGCCUUCUGCUAAGGCUGUGUGUUUUUUCAAGUUAUCUGAGAACUUUUCAGUUGUUUUUAUUGCAAAUCGAUUGUGUGUCUUAAUAAAAUUACUGUUUUGAUUUGGCAAGCUCUUGAAUAUAUUUUUACAUAGAUUUCUGAUGGGAGUGCUAAUCUUUAGAUUUUUGAGUGUGAUUCUUUGGAGAGGAUUAAUGGAACUGGACAACAUUACAGUAAUAGAGUAAAAGUUCUGUAGUGGUUUUUCUUCAGUGAUGUGGUAGAAAAAGCAAAUGGACACCAAUUCCUAAUUUGAGAUAUCUUCUCAGUAGAUAUCUCUAUUGCAUGCAUUUGAUUUUUUUUAAACCACAAAAUGUAUAUGAAUGCUGUGCAUGGAUUGACAGAAGUGAACUAUAGCAACAUGAAAAUAACUUAUUUGGUACCACUUAUAGAUCAGGCAAUGGACUCUAGCAAUUCACGGUAUUUUUUUUAAAGCUUUUAAAAAUUAAGUCUUAUAAUGAUAAUUAUUAAAGCCAGAAGGAUCAGAGAUAUGCCGAAUAUAAGAUCAUUUAUAAAAAAUAAGUCCCAAAUUUGAUAAUCAUAUGACAUUUGAGGUGAUUAUGGGUGAGUUUUUGAUAUACAGGGUGGCAUUAAAGUAGAAAUAUAGUCUAUGGACCAUAGUAAUGGAGUUCCAGAUAUAGAUAAAUGAGAUGACUGUCUUUAAACUUUCAAUAAAUUUGUUACCUAAUUUAGGGAUAUUUGGAGCCUAUGAGCCCUUAUUUAUGUUUAUUUAACUUCAAAAAAUUAAGAAAUAAGGAAUUAUUUAGUUUCUAACAUUCUGAGAGAGUGGCCAAGAGACUGGAAAUGUCUUCUCUUAGUGUGAAUGUAGUUAAACAAAUCAUUGCUAUGGUACUGUCCAGGUCUUAAAGUGCAAAGUGUUGAGAAGACAUAGCAAUUUGCUUAAUUAACCCCUGUUCUUUUUACAGGGCAAGAAAUAAAAUUACUCUUUGGCAAUCACAUGUUAUUUGAAUUAUAUUUAAUCUUGUGUUAACCUGAAAACAUACCAGCACACUCACACACACAACCCCUAAUGCAAAUAUGGACAGAAGGAAUCCCCCAUCAUAAACCAGUAUAUUUCUUUCUAACAUACAAACAAUGUUAAUAGCUCUGAUGGAAAAAAAUAAGGUGCCAUAGUUAGUAAGGCAGAGCUCAUGUUUUAGAGGUUUAUGGCCUAAAAGUAGAUAAAUCUGCAUUUGUGUGUUUCCUCUACCCGGCUCCCUAAUAUCAACUGACUUCUUGCAGAGAAUGUAUAUGCUUUUCAUUCUGACCAAUAAAAGGCAACUUGGUGAGUUAUAGAGAUUGACUGGGUGCUUGACAUGUGGUGCUGCUCCAAUAAAACAGUAGGCAAUUGGUACUGGGGAGGUUUAGGAGAAUUUAACUUGUCUUGCUUGUUUUUAGAUAUGUUGAUAUCCUAAUAUUCUAAAAAUAUAAUAAUGCAAGUUUAGUUCACAUACAAUAGGUUUCCUUAUAUUGCUUUUGUAGUUCAAGUGUAAAAAAAGAAAAAAAAACUUAUAAUGUGCUCCUAGUCAUUCUAUAAUUGUGUUCUGAUAUUACCAGGCAGUUUUUGUAGACAUAGUCAGAUAAGCACAUUGUUCAUUAUGUAAAUGCAAAAUGCAUCUUUUCAAUCAUUAUUGCCUAAGUAAUUUUUAGAGAAUGACCAUUGAGUUGUCCAUCUUCCCACUUCACCACUCUAAGACAGGUGGAUAUGUUUGAUUCCUUUUCCAUUCUUUUAUUAUUAAAAGAACCUUAGGGAAAAUAAAACAUUUGUUUUCAAUUAAAAAAAAAACCCUGGUAAUUAUAUUGUUUUACUUCUGCAAAAUAGCCACAUUUUUAUAUACUCCAAAUAAAUUGUCACGUGUAACUCUAUGCUACAAAUGAUGAAAUAUGGCUGAAAAUAAUUUCCCUUAUUGUACUACAAUGUAUGAAUAAUUAUAGAUGUAAACACUUAACAUGACAUUUUCCUAUAAUACCAAUAUUCUAUAGGUACCAUUCACAAUACAGUAUAUUCUAUUGCUACUUUGUGAAAUGAGUUCUUGAGAUUCAUAGUAAGGCACUACACAAAGCAUUAUUAUUAAAGGAUCAUAGGGAAAAUUUUCCCAACUGAAAACUGGUAACUGAAGGUAUUAUUUAAAAGAAAUAUAUUACAGAGUAGAUAAGUUCAAUGUAGCAAUAUCUUUCUAUUUUGGUUUCAAAUUAAGUUUCUAUAUACACAAAAACAAUUUGCCUCAAGUAUUAGGUAAUAUAUUUUAGAAGACUUAAAAUAACCAAAAUAAUGUCGCAGUGUGUUACAUUAGUAAUUUAUCAAUAAAAAUUAUUACUAUUAAUAAUUGGUAGAAUUUUUUUUCCUCCCUGUGCUAGUGAUUUCAGUUGAUGGGGCUUUAGUAACAUGUAUAGGGAUGCAUCUUACUAUCUAUAUUUGCUGAACAGUGUUAAAAACACAAAACUGUCCUCAUUAAAAUGGACUUUUGUACACUAUAAUUUGAAUUAAGUAAUGAAUAUAUAACGUAUUUUAAAAAGUUGUAUAUCAAAUGUGUAACAUUCCAUUUUUGGCUAUAUUUUGUAAAACAUUUUUGGUGUAAUCAGUAUGACUCUCACAUAUGUCAAAUCAAGUAUUUUACUAUUUAUUUAAACAGAUAUAUACCUAAUGUAUUUGGAAGCUUAUUGCACUCAUAUAAUUGUAUAUAUUGUGACUUCAAAAGUCUGUACUUAUCCUUGCUUUAAAAAAGUAGUAUGUGCAUUUCUUUCCAAUUUAUUUUAAUUAAUUAUAUUAAGGAAAACAUACUUUACUAAAUGUAUCUUAAAAUUCACAAUAAAGUUUCAGAAAUUGUUUUGUACAA